CCGGCCGUCGUGCGCGACAUGAUCGCUCGCCCCUCCCGUCAAGCGCCCCGGUCGUUCCGCUUCCUGUUUCUUUGGUUGUGCUGCCGCUGUUGCCGGGUUGGUUGAUCGAGGAGCGGUGCUGUAGCUAGGGAGCGUGGGGUGCGUGUUGGUGAUCUUGGUCGUCGUCGUCGUUGUUGGGGAGGUACCUUGGUGUUUCUUGAGGAGGAGCGGCGGUGCAAGACCGCCGGGUGCCGCGCGCCCACGCCUUGCGCGCAAAGCUCGAGGCGGUGGGCUGGGUGAUGGUACGCUUCCUCCGGCGCGGCCACAGCCUUGACAAGACCGGAUCGCAGAACAACCGCCACCAGCAGCAGUACCUGGACAGGAGCGACAGCAGCGCCAGCGACGCGGAGGAGAUGCACGAGCCCCUUGGCAAUGGCGGCGGCACCCCGCCGCUGCCCAACGGCCGGGCGGCGGCCGGGGCGCCGCGGUCCCGGCUCGCACGAGACGGACCGCCUUCAGAGUUGGACGUGAUGAAGGAGAAGUUCGCGAAGCUCCUGCUCGGGGAGGACAUGUCCGGCACCGGCAAGGGCGUGUCGUCGGCGCUCGCGCUGUCCAACGCCAUCACCAACCUGGCGGCGUCCGUCUUCGGCGAGCACCGCAAGCUGGAGCCCAUGGCGCCCGACACCAAGGAGCGGUGGAAGAGGGAGGUCGGCUGGCUGCUGUCCGUCACCGACCACAUCGUCGAGUUCGUCCCCACGCGGCAGACCUCGGAGAACGGCACCACCAUGGAGAUCAUGUCCACGGCGCAGCGGCGCGACCUGCAGAUGAACAUCCCCGCGCUGCGGAAGCUCGACGCCAUGCUCAUCGGUUACAUGGACAACUUCGUGGACCAGAGCGAGUUCUGGUACGAGAAGGGCGGCGACAACAAGCGCGACGACGACAAGUGGUGGAUGCCGACGGUGAAGGUGCCGUCGGAGGGGCUGUCGGACGUGACCCGCAAGUGGCUGCAGUACCAGAAGGAGUGCGUGAACCAGGUGCUCAAGGCGGCCAUGGCCAUCAACGCGCAGGUGCUCGUGGAGAUGGAGAUCCCCGAGAUCUACAUCGAGUCGCUCCCAAAGAAAGGGAAGACGAGCCUGGGCGACGCCAUCUACCGGAGCAUCACCGAAGAGACGUUUGAUCCACUCGAGUUCCUGGAGGGGAUGGACCUGUCGACGGAGCACAAGGUGCUGGACCUCAAGAACCGCAUCGAGGCCUCCACCGUGAUCUGGAAGCGCAAGAUGCAGACCAAGGACACCAAGUCCUCCUGGAGCUCCAUCAUCAGCUUCGAGAAGCGCGAGCAGUUCGAGGAGCGCGCCGAGACCAUCCUCCACCUCCUCAAGCUCCAGUUCCCCGGCACGCCGCAGUCGCAGCUCGACAUCUCCAAGAUCCAGUACAACAGGGACGUCGGGUACGCGAUCCUGGAGAGCUACUCGCGCGUGCUGGAGAGCCUUGCGUACAGCGUGAUGUCCCGCAUCGAGGACGUGCUGAGCGCGGACGCGGCGGCGCAGAACCUGACGGCGACCGAGGCGGCGGCGCGGCGGCUGCUGGCCGAGGCGGACGCGCCGGCGAGGAAGCUGGACGCCAAGGAGGAGCUGGAGAAACUGAACGAGGCGCCCGCGUCCAUGACGCUCUUCGACUUCAUGGGCUGGCACUUCGACCAGGACGAGCUCAUGAAGCGGAAGGAGGACGGCACGCUCGAUGCCGACGGCGAGGCCAAGCUCCUCAAGAAGGCGCCCAGUCUCGUGCCCAAGAAGUUCUCCUACGUCGACAGCCUCUCCUCCGGCGGCAUGAGGAGCCCCUCCGCGCGCCACUGACCGGCCGGCGGCACGACGAGCUCAGCCUCCGAUCCAACAUCACGGAUCUCUCGGAGAAGAAGAUGAUCGAGACGACCUCCUCCGAUCGGAUUCUUGCAUGCACGUACGUACAUAGCUGAGGCGCAGCACGUACUAGUGAUGUUCUCUUCUCUUACUGAUUUAUUCCUUGCCCCCAUAUGUUCUAGAAGAUUCUAGACAAAGGCGAAGAACGAAGAGGGUGAUUUUGUCUACGUACGCAUUGAAGGAUUGUUACUGUACGUAGCUACUGAUUUCUGAACUAGUAUGUAUUUUGGACAUGGCUCUGAAGAGAGGUUCUCCAUAAGAGGAAACACCUGAGCUCUGUGGUAUACGUAUGUAACUUGCCAGACGGGAAAACACACUGUAUUCUUUUAUUUCUUUCAAGCUAACCUUUUUUUUGGACUGUUUUGCCCUCCAAAAAAAUGGACUAUGUUUCCUAU